CAUACGCAAGUCACUAACAAAGCACAUGCAUGGUAUAUUUGGAAACAGAGCGCCUACGGGUCUGGCUGGCGCCAUCAUUGCAUUUUGGCUUGAUUGGCAUUGUGGUCUCUUUCAUUUGUGGUAUAAGAUCCCUCCUCUCCCCCCACGAGACACACCAUCAAGACAUGGACAGUGUGAAACACUUCGUUCUAGUUCACGGGGCUUGCCAUGGAGCUUGGUGCUGGUACAAGCUUGUCCCACUGCUCAAAUCCUUUGGUCACCGCGUCACCGCUCUGGACUUGGGCGCUUCUGGGGUUAACCCCAAGCGCCUCGACGAGCUUGCUUCUGUGUACGAUUAUGUGCAGCCACUGAUGGAGUUCGUGGCCUCCCUUCCUCAAGAUGAGAAGGUGGUGUUGGUGGGUCAUAGCUAUGGAGGCCUCGCUAUUUCUCUAGCUAUGGAGAGCUUCCCUGAGAAGAUCCUAGUUGGGGUCUUCGUAUCAGCUUAUAUGCCAAAUUAUAUAUCCCCACCUGUAACUCUCGCAGAAGAAUUCUUCAUCAAUAGAAGCAAGCCUGAGUCACUACUGGAUACCCAGCUUUCGUUUGGCCAAGGACUGGAGAGCCCUCCAACAGCACUGACCUUUGGUCCAGAUCACUUAUCAGUGGCACUUUAUCAAAACUGCCAACCGGAGGAUUUGGAACUGGCAAAAAGUUUGAUAAGGCCUCACGGGUUGUUCCUGGAAGACUACGCCAAGGAAUCUUUACUAAGCGAAGAGAAGUUUGGAUCCGUGGAUCGGGUGUAUGUGGUGUUGGAAGAAGAUGAAAUAAUGAAGGGCUUCCAGCAAUGGGUGAUCGACAACAGCCCACCAAAAGAAGUGAAGUUCAUUGCCGGAGCUGAUCAUAUGGGGAUGAUGUCCAAGCCCAAAGAGCUCUGCCUCUGUUUCCAGGAGAUAGUUCAGCAGUAUAAUUGAAUUUGCAGUCCUCCUUCAAUAAACAACUGCAAUAAGAAGAGUAGUAACCUACUAGAUCGUUGCAAUAUCCCAGUAGUUCAAACAUUUUCGUGCAUUUUCUCAGAUCUGGGUUUGCUUUUUCAUGAUGAAUCUAAAUUGAUUUUCUCAUCAGUAAUUAGUAGAUGAUAAUCAGCAGACUCAGUGAUCACCAUGUGUCCUCUUUGCCAAAAAUAGAAGCUAAAUUAAUUUUCUCAUCAA